AUGACUUGUUUGUGGAUUUUAAUUUUGAUUUUCAGCACCAUGUAUCCAGUCCAACCUGGUAGACGCUGGGUUGCUGCACAAUCCCUCACAGAGUCAGGAGUUUAUCAGCCUGAUAAAGAGCUCAGUGUGGAUAUCGGAGACUCGGCGACUCUGCAGUGUUGUAUUUCUGAAAAUGAAAUUGGGAUAAUCGCCUGGUUUAAGCAACCAAACAGACAAAAACCUCAGCUUAUAGUCACAGUGUAUAAAACCGCUGGAGAAACAUUUUACAAAGAAUCCCAAAAGUCACGUUUCCAAAUAGAAAGAUCUUCAAACUGCUUAAAUAUGAAAAUUUUAAAAAUGACUCAGUCUGAUGAAGCCAUGUACUACUGUGCACUGACGGAUCCUGACCCCGUGUUUGCAGAUGGAACUUAUUUAAAAAUUAAAGGUGAACAUGUUACUAUUGAAUCAGAAACAUCUAAACCAGCUCUGGGUGAUAAUUCAGUGGGCUGUGAACCAACACUGCAUGGAAACAGCACUAACAUGAACACACAAGAGAAAACAGUGCUCGGUUUGGGAACGGCUUUGGGUUUGUGUGCACUUCUGAUUUUCUGUCUCAUUUAUUUCAUACUGAGGAGAAGAAAAUGGGAUAAAAGUAAAGAAGAUUUUCCAGGAAUGACGCAGGAAUCUGAAGCUGAAACACUGAAUUAUGCAGCUGUGCAAUUCUCUAAGAGGAACCCCAAAGCUGAAACAAAGAAAACUGGCUCUUCAGAUGAGUGUGUGUACUCCGGUGUGAAGAAAACUCUAAGAUGUAACAGAAAUAAUUUAUAACGCAUGGUACUGUUACACGGCAAAUACAAUGACUAUUGUUCAUUACCAUGAUAUAAUAUGAUAUGACAUAUGAUAUGCCAACAGAAAAAAGCAGAAUAGCCCAGAAAUCAUACAUUUGUUUACACUAAUCUCAUAAUAAGAAUUAUAUUAAAGUUGCCUGUAUUUAAGAUUUUUUUAUUUGCAGUGUCGAGAGAUGUCUGUGCUCAAGGUUUUUAUUUCUGUGCACACAUUUAAAAUAACUACUGGUGUUUUUUCAUGAUGAUUUCUUUCGGUUCAAGUGUCAGUAUGUUAACUUUCAGUAAGAGUGACCUUGUAAAAAUCCAACUUGUAUGUUUUUUUUGUUUUUAGUUUCAUGAGUUCAGUAAUGCCCCUGUGUUGGGCUCAUUUGUAUGUCUGAUUUUUAACACAGUAAAUGUAAAAAGCAAUUUCGUAAAAAAAAGUAACAAAAACAUGGUCUUUAACAUUAUUCUGAAAAUUAUUCUGUGAGUAAUGUUCCAUUUCUAGUGUAUUUUCAAAAAAGAUGUGGCUUGCCUAGAAAUGCAAGUUACUGUCUAUUUGACUGUGACCUCGACAUUACUGAAUGUCAUUUAUGAUAUGAUUUACAUCUUUAGAGACUCAGAUAGUGGUGUGAAUUUUACCAGUGGAAGUGAAACCAGUGAAUGCAGUGAGGAUAAUUAAAUCAGCAAUAAAAAAUACAACAAAUCUAACAGAUGGAUUAAUCUUAAUAUAGACCCUGUUGCAGAAAUGA